AUGUUCUUUGCCGAAUGCAAAGCAGCAGGCUACGGGGGUGGUCUUGGGGUUUUGGGAAGUCUUCGAAGGACCGGUGGCAUGAUGGACUUGGAGGACUGUGCCGCCAAGCGAUCUGGCGGCGGGAUCUAUGUCAACGGCAACGUCUCGCAGUCCAGCGGCACUUUGCAGCUUCGAAAAUGUUUGGUCAGUGGGGAGGUCUCGGGCAACUGGACCAUGUCGGGCGGAGGUGGCGUUUGGGUCGAGUCUGGUGCCGUGACUCAACAUGGUGGAAGCAUCUCCUUCACGGAUUGUGAUGCGGUAGAUCAUGGAGGUGGCCUCGCGGUGAUUGGCGACAUAGAGCAGCACGGGGGUUUUCUAGAGUUUUAUGGUUGUUUGGCCAGUCGCGGUGGCGGAGGCAUCUAUGUCAAUGGCAACCUAGCGCAGAUGGAGGGGACAUUGGAGCUUCACCGAUGCCAAUCGCGUCAAUUCCUGACCAAAGAAGGUGGAGAUACCCGCUGGGGCGGAGGGGGUGUAUGGAUCCAAUCUGGUGAAAUAAAUCAGAAUGGUGGAAGCAUGCUAUUCAACAAUUGCACUGCUGCUGGUCACGGAGGUGGGCUGGGAGUGGCUGGAGGAAGCAUCAACCAGAAGGGUGGGGUCUUGCAGCUGGAUCUCUGCGAAACUUUCUCAGCUGGUGGGGGUAUCUAUGUCUCCGGCAACUUGUCCCAGUCCAAUGGCACAUUGAAGCUGAGCUCCUGCAAGUCUGUCCAGCAUGGUGCCGAUGAGGAGACCUGGGGCGGAGGUGGCCUCUUCCUUCAUGACGGGACAAUCACUCAGAAGGGUGGAAGCAUGUCGUUCUUUGCCUGCACCACGGUGGGUUAUGGGGGUGGUCUUGCAAUGAUUGGAGGCCUUGAACAGAAUGGUGGGCUGCUGGACUUUGAGGAUUGUGAGGCAAAGGACUCGGGUGGAGGCAUUUUCAUCCAUGGAAAUUUGUCUCAGAGGGAAGGUACUUUGAAGCUGAACAGGUGCAAAUCCGUUGAAGGGCUUGGCAGUGAUGAAGUCACUUCAGGCGGAGGAGGAGUGUGGGUUCAAUCUGGAGAAGUGAAUCAGCAAGGUGGAGCCAUGUCCUUUGCUCAUUGCAAAACUUCGGGCAAUGGUGGCGGGCUUGGGGCCAUUGGAGGCAUCAGACAAGAGGGCGGGCUGUUUGACUUCGAGGAUUGCCGGGCAAACCACAGCGGUGGUGGAAUAUACCUGGAGGGCAAUCUGUCGCAGAUGGGCGGCAGUUUCACGCUCAACAGAUGCCUGUCCGUGCAGAACCGCUUUGGCGAGCAUGGUUGGGGCGGAGGCGGUGUGUGGGUCCACCACGGUGAAGUGACUCAGCAUGCUGGAACCAUGCAUCUCAUCAACUGCACGGCAUCUGGAAGUGGUGGUGGGCUUGGAGUAGCCGGCCAAGUCAUCCAGCACGGUGGCCAGUUGAAACUUGAUCGUUGCAUUGCCGGGGAAGCUGGUGGUGGCCUCUACAUCUCAGGUUGGCUGAACCGAGUCCAUUUUUCGCCAAUGCCCCCAACAGGUGCAGGGUGGCCAACCAUCAUGACCACAUCACCUGAGCAAUUGGUACACAGCUAG